UUUUCCAGGAAGGCACACGAGUUUGGUCCUUAGCGGGGUGGCUGUGGGGGGUUAUAAAGGAAGCCUCUCACUGCCAGGGGUCACUUUACUCUGGCCACACGUCCUGCACACACUGUUGCUGGCUGACUUAGUAAUUAAAGGUGCGGUGGUGUGACAAGCUGUUGAGUGAUUCGGGUGCCAUAGUGAAGUGAUCUAUACCUGGUUUAAUUAACAAGUGACCACAAUGGCUGAACCACGACCUUUGACCGUUGAGGAGGCCGACGCUGCCUGUGCCGAGCCUGACGUCUCCACCAAGGACUUCAUCUUCCAGCAGACCAUGUACCGCAUCAAGGACCCCAAGGCCUCCCUGGACUUCUACACUCGCAUCAUGGGCAUGCGUCUCCUCAAGAAGCUGGACUUUCCCACCAUGAAGUUCUCGCUCUACUUCAUGGGCUUUGAGGCAGCUGAGGAUAUCCCUAAGGACGAGAAGGAGAGGACGGCGUGGUGCUUCUCCCGCAAGGCCACUCUGGAGCUGACGCAUAACUGGGGAACGGAGUCGGAUCCUGAUUUCAAGGGCUACCACAAUGGAAACUCAGAUCCCAGAGGCUACGGUCACAUCGGCUUCAUGGUGCCUGACGUGGAGGGCGCCUGUGCCCGUUUCGAGUCCCUGGGAGUCAAGUUUGUCAAGAAGCCGAAUGAAGGCAAGAUGAGGAACAUUGCCUUUGUCCAGGACCCAGACGGCUACUGGAUAGAGAUCUUCAACAACAACAACAUGAAGGAGAUGCUCUAAGGGGUCUGUAAGUAAAGUUGUCUUGUGGCCUCCAUGAAUUCUAGAUUAGCAUAGUUUUGUACCUGUAUUUUUAACCCAGUAGCUGCAGGGAACAUGUUUCUUAAAGGCCCCUCUAAGCGAGAAAAAUGAGAAAAAAAUCAUCACUCACGCAAACCAUUUCAUAAUAUAUAUCAACGCAUUUGUGAUCAGUUUAUGCAUUAUCUAUGGAGGUUUAUAUCAUGGCAAAAAUUUGGCCUGUCGCUGGUACACGGUAAAGCCACAAAUUUGGCCCGUCACUGCUACCGGGUUAAGGGAUAGUGAUGGCGGGGUUGUGGGUUCUCUUGGUUUUGCUUGUCUCUGGAAGCUGUGGGUUCUUAGUCAUCACUGUCAGGCUGGACAUGCUUUAGGUCAAUUAUGUACAGAUACUCUACCUAAAACACGUGAUGUACAUACAUGCUGUGGAUGAUAAGUCAAAGAUGGAUAAGUCCUCUUUGUCUCUUCCACUAAUCAAGCCACUACAAAGUUCUCUUCAGUCUAUUCACUUAUGGAAGCCACCUCAUAGUCCUCUCCAGAUUAUCCUAUUGAGGAAGCCACAGCAAAGUCCUUAUGAGUCUCUUCACUUGAGGGAGCCAGCCUGAAGCACUCGGUCCACAACAGUGCUGCCAUAGCAUAGACCAGCUGUGAACUGAUACCUGCCUCUAAUAUGCUACAUGAAUAAGCUUCUGUUUUAUUAGGGAGCUGGUUAGGCCAUGGGGCCAUGGCCUCUAAAGCCGUGGCAGUGCAAGUUGCCAGGGCACCAGUAAUACAGCAGAAUGUUUUCAAUCCACAACACUACUCGUGAAUUCAUUCACUUUCUGCCUUCCCUGUCUUUGAUAAAUCGAUUGUAGGUAUUUGGGGCAUUCCCAGGGAUAGUUUUAUGACCCUGGUGGUAGUUUAACCUUUCUUCUGUACCAUGAACCUAAAAGAACACUCAUUAUAACUCAAGUUAUCCCCUCUUUGACCUUUAGAAAUGGCUGAUGUGAGAAGGAAAAGUGUCUUAUAAUUCCAACUAUAAUGUUAAACUGUUAAAGACAGGGAAGGCAGAAGGUCAAUGAAUAAUACAUGUUCACGAGUAGUAUUGUGGAUCGAAAACAUCUGAGUGCUAAAGACUUAAUCAGAAUCCAACUAGGAAUAAAUAAGAUGGAUGCAAAGUCCCUACCUAUAAAAUAUUCAAAGUAGUGCCCCGCGCCGUGUAUAGUGACCCCGUAUAAUCGGCGCAAACACGGCUUGGCGGGCGGCGGGGGGCGUGAUUUGAUCGUGACGUGAUCCCCCAUUGAGGCGCGGUGUGUUGACUGUUGAGGUGUGAGGUACUCGUGCUCGUCAUCAGCCAUCAGGACCAUUAGACAUUCAAACUUACAAGGACAAGCUGGGCCUCACAACGGGCAGCCUCCUAUGUUGUGAUCCAAAGUAUGUUAGAUGAUGACAGUAUAUUCAUUAUUGUUUUUACUGUAUAUUGCCAUUGUUUUACCGUAAAUUAACGUUGUUUUACUAUAGAUUGACAUUGUUUUACCGUACAUGGCCGGAGCUGACAUUGGUUUACCGUAAUUUGCCCAGAGUUCAAACAUUCCCAUUACAUUAUACCGUUACUAUUGUUUUCGAGGGUUAUAAUAAUUGCCUUAGUCCAGUCUUUAAAGAGGAGGGUAUCAAGUCACCUCUCCACCUGAUAUUGACCUCUCUUUUGGGCACUCAUCUAUUCACUCGCCUACAGGGGCGGUGAUUAUGGGGUCUUUUUUUUUCAUUAUUAUUUGUUUUGCCCUUGAUCUGCUUCCAUUACUAUAAUAGAAAGUUCAGUUUUGUCCCAGGCCUCCAGGUUAGCUGCUAAAAAGUCAUGAUGUCUGCCCCAAGUCAUGCAAAUAUCCCAGUGUCAUGUGGUCCUGAUGGUAGGUUAGGGGAUAUCCUUGUGUGUUCGUGUAAUCAACAGCAAUUUAUUCACAGCGCACAUUAAGCUGCCUCUUGACAGUCACCGGAGUGCUCAGAUCUACAUGUCAAGCGUGUGUCCUCGAAAGUUUACAGGCCGUGAGAUGUUUCUUCUCGUAAAUUUUGUAUUGGUUUGAAAGCAUGUUGUUAGUUUACUGUGUACCGUUGCUGAGGUUUCAGGCCCCACUCUGCAGUCCGAUUUCUCUUUGUAAACUCAGUGAAAGACAGUCUGGGUACCACAUAAGUUGCUUUCUUGGUCUGGUUAGCCAUUUAAGUUGUUUUCUUUAUUUGUUUUGUCAUUUAAGUUGUUUAUCUUGUUUGUCACUUAGUUGUUUUCCUUAUCUAGUUUGUAAGUCCAGUCAGAUGAGGGGUCUUGUGGCCUUGAUGUACAGCAGAAGGGUGUGAGUUUGUAUCUGGCACACGGCAGCUACUAGUGAGAGAGGUAGCGCUCCCUCACCACCCAGCCAGGUACAGGGCGUUAGUCACUCAGCCACAAGAUUAUGCCAGAGGUCUACCGUCACUCACCCACAAGAAUAUGAAAUGCUUCCUUAUAUGUACCAUCACUCAGCCUUGAAAUUAUGAAUGGAAUACUUCUUUAAUGUACCAAGUUGUAUGUUUUAUUGUUUUGUGGUGUACGAGGUUUGAGGUGCCCUAAUUUUGUUCUUCCCACACUAUUCAGGUUUGUUUUGCUUCCAGGAGUUGUUGAUGCUUUUGUUAAUUGUAUGAGUAACUACAAUUGGUGCAUACUAAUUCGUGGUCUCCGAGUCACGCUCAGGUUGGUUUUGCCGCUCGCUUUGAUAACUCGCUCGUAAACACUGUCGUAAUAAUGCAAUGAAUCAAUCUUAAUACUGCCAUUUUAAGAAGGGUUGAUUUGCUCAGGUGUGAGGCAAGAUGUGUUAGUACUGAACGCUGCUUUGUGUGAGUGUUCCUUUGAUUGCAAUCCUGAUAUUAUUGUUAGUACACAUACCAUUACUAAGAAAGAGAGGACUCCAUUAAGAUUGUUAUAGUUGUUUUUUGGGGCAUUACUGUAUUAUUGUAUGAAUGAAAAGUUUUGGAUAUAUAGAUGAGGAUACAAAUUGUUAUGGCCAUAGCUCUGCCAAAUCUUAACUAAUGUAUACAGACUAUUUGAUACAUAGUACGUAGCUGACAUAUGAGGGAGGGAGUUCAGGUCCCCACCUAAACGGACUUCACAUAUGUGUCGGACUAUAAUAGGGUCCGAGGUAGACAAACAGAUGGAUGAAGAAUGUCCGUCAAUCAUCUGUCAGCGCUGGAACAACAGUACUUAUUAUGACCAUCAUGAUAUUUCUUUGUCAUAAAUUGUACCAACUCAGGAAUAUAUAGUUUGGUCGAGGUCAGUCCGUGGAAAACUCACUGCCAAUUGACUUCUUCCUGUUAUUACUAAAGGCAGUGUGAGCUUUUCUAGGGUGGACUUAAAGAAACUUGCUUGUGCCAAUAAAAUGUUUCGCUCUGUCAACCAGCAGAGUCUUGUAUGCCGGAGAAGUGAGGACAAUAAACAGGAAACAGCAGUA